AUGUCUCAAUCCCCAAUCCCCCUGUGGCUGGACUGCGAUCCAGGGCACGAUGACGCUUUCGCAAUUCUCAUCGCGGCCCAUCAUCCAUCUCUGAAUCUUCUCGGCAUCACGACAGUCCAUGGCAACGCGUCACUCGGCAACACGACUGCAAAUGCUGGAAGUGUCCUGGAGGCCAUUGGACGGACCGAUAUACCAGUCUACCCAGGCUCUAAAAAGCCUUUCAGCCGACCUGCUGUUCAUGCACCAGAUAUCCAUGGGAACUCCGGCCUUGAUGGAACAGACUUAUUGCCCAAAGCAAGUUGCCCGCCAGUUCUAGACACAAACCCAAUUGUGGCAAUGUACAAUGCCCUGAUAGCCCAGCCAGCAAAUACAGCAUGGGUUAUUGCUACCGGCACUUUAACAAACGUCGCCUUGCUGUUCGCAACCUUUCCUGAACUUGCGGACCAUAUCAAGGGCCUCAGCAUCAUGGGCGGAGCCGUCGGCGAGGGCUUCACGGAUGUGCCGAUGAGUCGGUUACCUGGAGAAGAAACACGUAUUGGAAAUGUCACUCCCUGGGCCGAGUUCAAUAUUUAUUGCGAUCCGGAAGCCUCCCAAUCCCUUCUGUCCAAUCCAGUCCUCGCUCCUAAAACCACGUUAAUAGGCUUGGAUUUGACACAUCAAGUACUUGCAACUAUUGCGGUUCAGGAAAGAGUCCUCAAAACUAGCAGAUCAGAGGCGUCGACAGCAGGCGACCUCCGUCGAAUGCUGUUCGACUUGCUUGUUUUCUUUGGUGGGACAUACGACACACAAUUCGGCAUGGCAGAUCCACCACUGCACGACCCGCUAGCAGUCGCUGUGAUAUUAUCGAAUCUGAAUCCGGAGUACGAGAAAGCUCAUCCGGAUACCGUCCUCAAAUUUGACGACAAAAACGGAGAACGAUUUGCCGUGGAAGUCGUUACUGAUGGGCAACAUGGAAGCACACCUGCCGUCACAGGGCAGCUCGGGCGCACGAUUGCAAAGCCCACGGAGGGCCCAGGAGUUAGCAUCCCAAGAGGAGUUGACAUUGAAGUAUUCUGGGGCUUGGUCCUUUCAUGUUUGGAGCGAGCUGAGCAAUGUAGCUCGAUGAGGAACCGGCCGUUCUUGACUGUACACUUUGCUUUGUUCGCCACUCGAUACUUCGAGAACCAUGUCCAUGUUUCGCAUGGAUGUAGAACUUUGAUGGUUUUCGAGAAUGCCACCAACAAGUACUCCUUCGUGCCUUCAUCCACCUGGAUUGCUCGUUAUCAGGAGCGUGGUACUAUUCAGGCCCAAUGUGACCAACAAUUUCUGACACUGUCGCGCUUCAUUUAUUCAGGGGCCAGCGAUGUCAAUGACGAGAAUGUAAAUCUCCUACGGACGCGCACUCACUCUCCGUCCGAGUCGCCGAAUCGCGCUAGGGGCGCACGUACAACGCUUCUGCCGGAGGUCGAUCUCGAGAGCAUGGACAUCGACGAGCAGAGGGGCUUUGUGCCGUCACCCGCAGAAAUCACUCCGCGAUUACCUUCUGCGCGUCGCCAGCAAGAAGGGCCAAGUGCAGUGCCGAGCUAUGAAGGAAGAAUGUCGAAUCGGAGGUCGCUCUAUGGGUGGGCACCUGGCUCCGAGGAAGAACAAGGGGAUGAUUAUCAGCGAUAUCAAACACACUCUUCGCAGAAUUAUCAACCGGACGACAUCUGGGUUGUGGGGAGAGACCUGAACCGAGAACCCAGUCGUAAUUCAUCCCUUUAUCGUGCCUCUAGGCGAGAGGCUAUCGGAUCGGUAUUGCAGCCAUAUGCGGGGGAUUCGUCAGAAACAUCUACUCCUAAUAAUGGACAUUGGUCGGACCACAAUAGUACAUUCACCGAGGCACUGUUACAAUCCGUUCGCCGUGGUGCAAGGUUUGCAUCUCGAACGCGCACCCUUCAGAACUACAUCCUGGACCGAGAGCGGAUUGGCCGUCAUGAAACGGACGAGAGAGAACGUGAAAGAAACCGGACGGCAUCUUCUUUAGCGUCACGUGCGUUGAGGAUGAGCCUGCGGAAUGUGUCUGGAGAUUUGCGAGAUAGAGCUAAUACGCAUCGACAGUAUCUGACGGAGAACCCGCCUAGUUCCAGGCUCAGGGAAACGAUCAAAUACUUGGAGCGCAUUCGUUACUCCAACUCAUUUUCAGAAAGCAUUUCAUCAGCUGUUAGGGGAGGUGUGGUCCAAUAUGACCAGCUGCUAGGGAGCUACAGCGAGGUUGAUUUUAUUCUAGACACAACGCUCAUCACACCACCAGCACCAAGCUCAUGGCUCCAUCCGGGGUCAAUCUUUUCCGGGUCGCAAAAGGCCAUCAAUAACAUCGGAGGCCAUAACUUGGAAAUGCUUUCUCGUCGAUUAUCAUCAAAUCUGUUGCAACCUAUAGAUUCGUCAUCGGGCACUGCAAAUAGUAACGAAACAUCAGGCGGUAUUAGUGUUGUGACUAAUACCGGCCAAAGAUACUGGGCGAGUACUGAGUCUCCUACACACCGCCAUCGCCAUAAUCACAACUUCCGAGAAUCCAAACAUGACCUUUGGCCUGUGAAAGUCACCAUCCAUAGCAUCGACUAUUCGGACAUGACCUUAACAGGUACAAUGGAAGCUUACAAUAUACCGGAUAAGACAACCCCAACGCGAGAUGCACAUAUAGUCACUUUCCUGGAAGGUGAAAUCAUUGAUUUGAAUGUGCACACUUUGAAAACAACAAAUUUCCAGGCAAAUGCAGAUAUUGAUUCCACCUACUGGCGAGAACUGCAACCAUUCAAAGGACUCUCUGACGAGCAAAUGACGAAGAAUCUUCUGAGCAAGAAGUGGGUGACGGAUGAGUUGAACAGGAAUUGGAUUUUAAUGCGGUGGAAAGGUAACCCUGUUUUCCUUUUCUAG